AUGGCCGACAGCGCCGAGACACCACCCUCGCCAUCGCCGAGCGGACCCCUUAACCCAAUAACCCCAGAUCGCGCGAACCAGAAACGUGAUGCCAGGAAUCUUUUCCCAUCCCCGCGCGGCAGCGAGGGCCGCGAGAGUUCCGUCCACGACAAGAUCUCCCAGUUCAACUCCCUCGCCAUGCAGUCGAAGACCCUUGAGCGCAAGACCGCCGAUGCCGCCCUUAAGCGCGCCAUGCUCGGUCGCGAGGAAGCAGAGACCGAGGCCCGUCGCUACCGUGACGAGUGCAAAGUGCUUCGCGUCCAGCUCGAAAAGGGCAAGGAGAGAGAACAGCGCGUGAGCGAGCGAUUAGAGACCGUCAUGGAGCAGUACGGUCGCGCAAAGGAGACAUAUUCACACACAAAAGCCGCCUGGGAAAAGGAGAUUAAGCUGGCGCGUAAGAAGACUUUCAAAAACGAGUCAACCAUUAUCAAACUUCAAGAAGAGCUCAAGUCCGCCCGCGACGGCUGGCGUGCCGCUUCCGACAACCUGGACGCCGAGAAGCUGCGCUCCCAGGCGAGAGAGGAGGAGGCAUUCCAAGCCCGCUACCAGAUGGUGAGCAUGGAAGAGCAGCUAACCGAAGCUCUCGAGCGCAUUAAGCUGCUCGAGCAAGAGCGUGAUGCCUUCAAGACUUUGGCUAAGGAGGAAGAGGUCGCUCGCAUCGCCGCCGAGGGCCGUAUUCCCCUACCAAAGAAUGACGCAAUGGUCGACGACGAGUUUGCGUCACCAAGGAAGAGACCUCGCUUCUCGCUCUCGACCGUGGACAUUGUUUCAUCUGCCGCCGGCGAGGAGGAGAUUGAGGAGCUGAGCAUGCAGGUCUCCUGGGAGCGACAACGCGCCGACCGCGCCUACGAGAUGGUGGAUUUCAUGAGGGCUGAGUGCGAGCUGCGAUGCUGCGCCUGUGCCAAGUCCCUCAAGAGAAAAAGUAUGUCCUCAUCACCUAGACAGAGCAUGGCCUCCAACAGGCCAAGCAUCCUGUCGCCACGCAGAAGACUCAUGCCCCCGGCUGAAAUCGCCGAUGCCAGUGAUUUGGUAAUUCUCGGUGAAGGACGGGACUCGUUUCCGGAUCGCAGGGCGUCUUUGAGGGCGUCCCAGACGCCUCCUGGCGAAGGUGAUGUUGUCAAGAAGUCUGGAGCCUACAGAAGAUCAAAGGAGGAGAGGCAAAGCACCAUCUUCUGCCCUCGUGAGGGUAUCUUCCGCACUGUUUCGCAGCAGGAAGCUGACGAAAUCGAGGCUCAGAGGGAAAAGGAGAUGCAGGCGCUGGACGACAGUGAGCCCUCGCCGAAUGAGCCUCCCACGCCUGUUGAGGCUCCUCUGAGGUUCUCUCGCACCCCUUCUCUCGACCCCCCCGCCUUUGCUGUUCUUGCCCAGGAGCGCAUGUCACUGGCUUCACUCCUGAACGCCCCCCACGGCGGUGGUGACGGCGAAGUCCACACCGCUCCUCUGCCAUCCAUCCCCACGAUGCCCGACACUCCCGCACGCCCCGAAUCCCGCGCAUCCAGAAGUCCAUCCCCUACUGCUGGCGACACCGUUCGCCCACACACCGCCGCAGCCUUCUACACGAAGACGACGACAACGACGGUACCCGUCCGUGACGAUAAGCCACGACCGAUCUCCAAGUAUGAGCGCGGCCGCACACCCUCGGGCGAGUCUCAAAUGUCUUUCGAUGUCAACAACCCGGCUAUGACCCCGACCAUGACCCGUGAGGAGGCCCUGGCCCGCAUUCGCGAGCGCCGCGGUCGUGCGAAGUCUAUCGCUCAGGGCACUGCGACGCCGAGGCGAAAGAUGAUUGAAGGCGCCGGAGAGCGGCGAGAUGUUAGCGCCCCCGCCGGCCAACCGGUUCCCAAGGCCAGGGCAUAG